GGGGCUGAAAGGGCCAGAACUUUUAGAACAAGAUUGAAAGUAGAUGUUGAGAGGUAUAAGGCCUAUAAGAACAAAGACAAAGAAAGGAAAAGAGUGCAAAGAAAAGGUCAAGCCCUUAGUCCAAGUGAAGUUGCAAGAAGGAAGAAACUCACCCGUGAAAGAGUCAGAAAAUGCAGGCAAAGACAAAAAGAGAAGAAAGCAAAAAACUCUUCCCAAGACCAAGAUGUAUCACAAGCUUACCAAACACCUCAAGCUCUAGGAAAGGCUCUCGGUAAGGUAAGCAGCAGAGUGCUUCCCCAAAGCCCCAGAAAACGAAAGGCUGUGGUUUUCAAACUAGCACAUGCUUCAGGUUUUCUUAGGAAAAAGAGGUGCACUAGAAGUAACAGGGGUCUUCCAAAAGAGACGGUAAAUCUUGUUAAAGUUUUCUUUCAGCUUGACUCCAUCUCUCGCCAAGCACUAGGUAGAAAAGACUUUGUCACUGUUCGGGAAAACAACACAAAACAUCAUAUCCAGAAAAGGCACUUGUUGUGGUCCCUAAGGGAAUGUUAUAGCAUAUUCAUGAAAGAAAAUCCUACCACUGAGAUUGGCCUUAAUAAGUUUUGCUCCUUAAGGCCAGUGAAUGUCUUGCUCUCUGCUGACAUGCCUAGAGAUGUUUGUCAAAAUGCUUUGUGAGAGCCUGCAUAAGGAAAUAGAUGAUUUUCCACUGUACUCAGGAAGUUUUUCUGAAAAUUUUGUUUGCAACCCUGAGUCAGAACUUUGCAUGCUUGGCAAAUGUAAAAAGUGUGCAAAAUGCCCCAGCUUGUUGCAAAAAAUAAGGUCAAGUGCAGGAAACCUUGAUGAGCAUGCAACAUGGUAUCAGUGGGAGCAUGUGGAACAAAUGGUGCAGGCAAAGAAAGGAAAAAGCAUGAAAGGUAAAGAAAAUUCAGAAAGUUCUGAAAGAGGGUACUGUUGA